UGCCAACCCCUACGCCGCCGCGGCGUCUACUCCUCCUUUCUUUGUCUUUCAUCUCGUCUCUCGCCGACCAGACCCAGACGCCCUCUUCGAAAAAAGAUGGUCCGCUCCAUAGGCGCUCUCGCAGGCGCCGCGGCCGCGCUUGCCGGCCUCGCCGAGGCGCGGUCGCUGUGGUCGACGAGGCCGGCGACGCACGGCUCCAGGGGCUCGCACGACGACGGCUACGUCCUCAAGACGGCCUACCUGCUCGGCAACGGCCGGCUGGGUGCCAUGCCCUUUGGCCCGCCGGGCGCCGAGCGGCUCGUCUUCAACGUCGACUCGCUCUGGUCGGGCGGGCCGUUCCAGUCGGCCGACUAUAGGGGAGGCAACCCGGUGGCGUCAAAGGCCGACGCGCUGCCGGCCAUCCGCGACCAGAUCUGGAAGAACGGGACGGGCGACCUCUCGCCACUCCUGGGUUCCAGCGCCAACUACGGCUCGUACCGGGUCCUGGGCAACUUCACCGUCGACAUCGCGGGCGUCGCCGACGCGCCCUACACCGACUACCGGCGCAGCCUGGACCUGACGACGGGCGUGCACACCACCACCUUCAAGACGGGCAACAGCAGCUUCUCGACCUGGGUCUACUGCGGCUUCCCGGACCAGGUGUGCGUCUACACCGUCGCCGUCACGGGCGACCGCCCCGCGGCGCUGCCCGACGUCAGCGUCCGCUUCGACAACGCCCUCGUGCCCGCCGAGACCUUUACGCGCUCGUGCGGCGACGCCUUCACCCGCGUCAGGGGCGUCACCCAGGUCGGCCCGCCCGAGGGGCUCAGGUACGACGCCAUGGCGCGCGUCGUGUCGUCGGGCGGCGGCGGCGGCGGCGGCGGCUCGGCCGCGAGCACCACCACGCGCUGCGGCGAUGACGGCACGCUCGUCAUCUCGACGCCCGAGGGCCAGCGGUCCGUCUCGGUCGUCAUCGGGGCAGGCACCGACUUUGACCAGACCAAGGGCAACGCGGCCAGCGGCUACUCGUUCCGGGGCGACGACCCGGCGCCGCUCGUCGAGGCCACGACGGCCGCCGCCGCCGCCAAGACGCAGGCGGAGCUGCUCAAGGCGCACCUCGACGACUACGCGGCCCUCAUGGGCGGCUUCCAGCUCGACAUAGCCGACGCCAAGGGCUCGGCGGCCGUCGAGACCAGGAAGCUCAUCGCGUCGUACAGGGCCGACGACGUCACCGGGGACCCGUACCUCGAGGCGGCGCUGUUCGACUACAGCCGGCACCUGGCCGUGUCGUCGUCGCGCGCCAACUCGCUGCCCACCAACCUGGCGGGCCGCUGGACCGAGGAGCUGGAGCCGGCGUGGAGCGCCGACCACCACGCCAACAUCAACCUGCAGAUGAACUACUGGGUCAACGACCAGACGGGCCUCGGGCCGGCCACGACGCCGGCGCUGUGGGACUACAUGGAGCUCAACUGGGCGCCGCGCGGGGCCGAGACGGCGCGGCUGCUGUACGGCGCCGACGCGGGCUGGGUGGUGCACAACGAGAUGAACGUCUUUGGCUUCUCGGCCAUGAAGGAGGAGGCCAGCUGGGCCAACUACCCGGCGGCCAACGCGUGGAUGAUGCAGCACGUGUGGGACCGGUGGGAGUACGGCCUCGACGCGGCCUGGUUCCGGCGCCAGGGCUACCCGCUCAUCAAGGGCACGGCGCAGUUCUGGCUGUCGCAGCUGCAGGAGGACAAGUGGUUCAACGACGGCAGUCUCGUCGUGAACCCGUGCAACAGCCCCGAGCACGGCCCGACCACCUUUGGCUGCACGCACUUCCACCAGGAGAUCCACCGGACCCUGUUCACGGCGCUCGCGGGCGCCGAGGCUGGUGGCGAGACCGACGCGGCCUUCCUGGGCUCGGUGCGCGCGGCGCUGGCGCGGCUGGACAAGGGCGUGCACCGGUCCGACUUUGGCGGGCUCAAGGAGUGGAAGCUGCCCGACAGCUACGGCCUGCCCGAGAGCAGCAACCACCGCCACCUGUCGCACCUGGUCGGCUGGCACCCGGGCUACUCCGUCUCGGGGCUGCUGGGCGGCUACGCCAACGCCACCGUCCAGGCCAUGGUGGAGGCGUCGCUGCGCAACCGCCGCACGCCGCACCAGGGCGGCUGGAGCAAGGUCGUGCGCGCCGCCCACUGGGCCCGUCUCAACAACACGGCCGAGGCCCACGGCUACCUGCGCUCCGCCAUCGACAGCAAUUUUGUCGCAAACGGCCUGAGCAUGUACUCGGGGCUCGAGGAGCCCUUCCAGAUCGACGCAAACUUUGGCCUCGGCGGCGCCAUCCUGGCCAUGCUCAACGUCGACCUGCCCGCACCCGAGUGUGCCGGCAGGGACCACGUUCGGUCUGUCGUACUCGGCAACGCCAUCCCGGCGGCCUGGGGCGCCGGCAGGGUCAAGGGUCUGCGCAUCCGGGGCGGCGGCAGCGUCGACUUUGAGUGGGACUCCAACGGUCUCGUCACGCGCGCCACCCUCUCCGACUCCAAGACCAAGGUGAGGCUGGUCAACAUGAAGGGGGAUGUGCUGGCCGAGAGCGAAUAG